AUGACAAAGCAGGAUGUGCUUCAGAUUUACUCGUUCCUACUAUUUCUCGCUGGCUAUGUCACUUAUGAAUUGUUCUAUAAAAGACGACGACUUCCCCCUGGACCGACACCAUGGCUUGUAGCCGGAAAUAUGCCGUCAUUUCUUUUUGCUUCAUCAGUUGACGACCUGUUCCAAUCGUGGAAAAAACGUUACGGUGGCGUUUUUACCAUUUGGAUCGGUCCAAUUCCACUAGUGAUGGUUGGCGACUUAGCGUCAAUAAAGAAAUAUUUCAUACAGCAUGCCGAAGUCUUCAGUAAUCGAUGGCGAAAUCACGUCACUGAUACAUUCAUGGGUGGAGCAAAUGGUGUCGUUCAAAUCGACGGUCCAAAGUGGCGUGAACAACGGCGAUUUUCGCUGCACGUUCUUCGAGAUUUUGGCGUUGGUCGAGCUCAGAUGGAAAGCAAAAUCAUGGAAGAG